AUGUCCCCCUUGAGCGCCACUAUGCGCUAUUUAAAGCACAACCAGGAAGUGCCUCGGUUUGGCCCCGAACCCAAGAACUGGAGGCUGCUGCAGGAUUAUUCCGUGGUGGAGUUCUUACGGGACCAGUCUCUCCAGGUGAGCCCCGCCCCCGACGCCCCUGACCCCCACGCCGCCCACGCCGCCCACGCCGCCCACGCCGCCCACGCCGCCCACGCCGCCCACGCCGCCCACGCCUACAAGAGGCAGGAGGCCGUGUGGGAGCUCUUCACCAGCGAGUGCGUCUACUUCCUCGAUCAGCUCAUGGUCCUGAAGGAGGUGUUUUUGGCCACCCUGAAGAGUCUGCAGACGAGGAACUGUCUCACGGAUGUGGAUGUUUGGAGGCUCUUCGCGAACCUCAACGAGCUCUGUCUGGUGAGCUUCGGUUUCCUGAACAGCCUCUUUCGUGUCAUCAAGGACACUCUGGCGAUAAGUGAAGGGGGCGGGGCCACGCUUCUGCAGCUGCUCAGCAAAGUGUUUGAGGAGAGCGUCUGUCACUGUCUUCAGAAGUACUGUCUGAACUACUCCACGGCUCUGCUCUACCUGGACAGCCUCAAACACAGAGACGACUUUGGCUCCUACGUGAAGUGGUGUGAGCGGCAGGAGCAGUGCCGGAGGCUGCAGCUGCGUGACCUGCUGGUGGCGCCGUUACAGAGGCUCACCCGAUACCCGCUUUUGUUGAGGAACAUCGCGAAGAGGCUGCAGACGGAAGAGGAGAUCCGAGGCCUCCAGUGUGUGGCGGAGCAAGUGGAUACGGCCAUCUGUGACCUGGAGGGGAAGGUGAAAUGGCUGGAUAAUUAUCAGAAGGUGAAGCAGCUCCGUGAUGCUCUGGUGUGGCUGCCCGUGUGGGAGAGAGACAAACGCGCCGUCAUCCCAGAGAAUCUCAAACAUCUGCUGAAGGCCGUCACUCUGGAGAACCUCAUUUCUCAUCGCAGCCUCCUGUUCGAAGGCCGACUGGUGCUGACAGAAAACACGAAGCUCCUCGACGUUUACCUGUUCCUGUUCGACGAAUUUCUCCUCAUCACAAAAAUCAAGAGAAGCAAAAAGAGGUCCAUCGAGCAGAACCCUCUGAGGCUGCCCCAGAACCAGGAGCUGGAGCAUCUUCUGAAGGACGGCUGGACCUUCACGGUGGUGGACCAGCCCGUGUCUCUGGACCGACUCCAGCUCAAGAACAUCGACCAGCUCAACGCCUCCACGUCGGGUUUGCCUCACUCGUUUAUCAUCAUGCACCAGAACCGGUACCAGCAGUGUAUCGGAGCCUUCAUCCUGCAGGCUCCUUCUGAAACGGCAAAAAGAGCCUGGAUGUCAAAGAUCGAGGAGGCGGUGACGACUCUGCUGAAGCAGGACUCUCAGCAGCCGCGACUCAAGAGCGCCCCCCUGUGGCUCGAGUCUUCACAGAUCUGAUCCUCAAAGCCAUUUUCUGUCCCCGUGCACUUGGACGUCUCGUCUCUGCGGACGUCCUCACUGACUCUUUUAGUUUUGUACAGUGUCU